UUAAUAUGUUGGUAUGAACUUGCAUCAUUUAUACUUAACUUCUAUUUAACGCCAUAUGUUUUUGUAUUUAUCGUCCUAAAUUAUAUCGAAUGAGUUCUUUUACUCCUAAUUCUAAUUUGAAUGACCCCCGCUGCCCUAAACCUAAACAAUUCCUCAUCCCAAAACAUACCCGCGCCGCCCACCUUCCCGUCGAUGCUCGCCGACCACCAUCCCCGACCCUCUGCAUAUCCGCACCCAUCAAACUCGCUACAACUGCUUUUCUUGCCUAAACGAAUCCACACCAGACCCAGGCGGGUCGGAUAUCCGCCCACACCAAGACACAGACGAGUUGACAACCAGACUACACCAGCGUUGGACGGGUUGAAAACUCAUCGUCGGCGGGCAAGGAACAGGAUUUUCAAUCCGUCCUACGGUCGGAAACGAUAAUGAAUUUUCAAAGGGCGGAGGUUGCCAGGUUGGAUUGGACUGGAGAAGCAAAGCUGAAUUGAUGGAAAUGUCUCAAAAUUGAAAGGAGGGUAAGGGAUAAUUUUCACUAGGGGUUAGGGCUUUUUUUUAAAUCUUAGGGCGGCGAAUAGUAACUCUCGCUUAUUUAUAACAACUUUUCGGGCUUUGUUGUUUUCUUCGAUGCCAUAGAAAUUUAGGUUUCCUCAACUUUUCACAUUGAUCAAGCAAACAAGAAACUUUGUCCAUCCAACCUUUCAACCUAAGCUCAAACAAACUAAAAUCACAUGUUGAAUGUUUAUAGAACAUUAUAUAUAAUUACCAGGCCGGCCAGCCGGCCAACGAAGGACAUAUUUUACAAUUACACAGGCUAGGUGUGAGAAGUUGAGAACAAAAGACGGAAGGGAAACAACAACGCGAUCUUAUUUCUCUGUUCUGUUUUAUAGUAUUCAUAACUUUCAAUAAUUUCAUAGAGUAGGUGGUGUUCAAAACGUCCAAGCACAUAAGGCAAUUCUUUUUGUUUCUUUGGAUGGUAGGAGUGUUUGUAAAAUUGUAUCAUACAGAUAAAUAGACCGAAGGAUCGUCCAUCAAAACUCAGCCCUUUAGACAGUUUUAUCAAUACAAAACGAUUGAACUACAAGAAAUGUCCUAGCUCAUGUGGCACUACUCCUUUUCAACAUUUUCGUCUCGUUUCUGGUAUUUCUUCCUUUUGUUUUCUCCUGCUUUGUAUGUUGCUUUUGUUUCUUCUUAGCUAAAACCUAAUGAGCUUGUCUCUCCUUUACUCUCUUCAGCUUAAUUCGGGUUGUUCUAUGAUACUCUAUUGCACUAAUAAAAAAUUUACAAAAUAUCCUAUUAUUGACUUGUUUCUUAGUUGUACCGCCAAAGGUAAUCAAGAUGAAUAUUCAAUGAUACAUUUGAACCUAUUUUUCACGUGCAUGAUGCACAACGACACCGAUAUAUAAAUCAGAGGCGCACCGAAUAAUACUUACACACAACACAAACAAACGCACUAACUAAUUAAGCUAUGGCAGGUUCCAAGGCAGCGGCUGUUUACCCUUCACCGGCAGCGACCCUGAUGAUCGUCCUAAUGGCGACCGGAAUAAUAUGCAUGCAGGGCCUGCGGGCCGCCAAUUCCGUCUGGCCGAUAGCGUGCAGCUCCGGCGUGGACCCGGCCGUCACUCCAUGCGCAAGAAAACUGGCCGCCAAUUUCUGGACGGCGGGAUACAAGUCCACCGUGAGAAAAACAGGGCAGUGCGCUGCGAGCCCCAAAACCGCCGUCUACGGCGAGGCGUUAUGUCAUACUCGUCAUACUUGCGGCGGUUGCCUGCGUGAACUCACUGCCCAGCUCUUUAGUGCGUGUCCUCUUGACGCCAUUGGAGGUCACAUAAAUAACUCCGACUGCUCAUUUAGGUUCGAGAUUUAUCCUUUCUUUUUAAAGAAAGACGUUAAGGAUUAGGGAGUCGGGCAGUGAAAUACUUUUUUAAGUUGAAUUCAGCCAGUGAAAUCCGUAUUUGUACAAUAUUUACAUUUCUGUGCUAUAAGCGGUUAAUUUAUGUUUUGCAGUGUUUUCUGAAUAAUUUGUGGGUGUGGUCAGAGAAUUUGUUGGGGAUUGUCGGGAGUUAGUUUAUAUUUUUUAUUAAUCAGAAAAAUUAGAAGUACUGUCGGGUUCAUUUUUUGUAAUUGUGAAAGGCAAAUUCUAUAAAUAUGUAAUUAGAAUGUCUUAAUGAUAAUAUCUAAUCGGGAGGAGCCACUGUAUUAAUACUUUUUUUGAACAUGGUGCUAACACUAGUUUCAACUAAUAAGAACAUUUUGUUUGGAUGAUUUUUUCAUUUAAAUGAGAUUACCGCAAUUAAUGAAGGGAAAGAGGUCGGAAGGACAAACUUGGAAUUAUGAAAAAUUGGAGAAAGAGAGGAUUCAUGUGAUUAAAUGGGAAAGGGUGGGGGACCACAAAAUCCUCACCACAAAAUUCACACCACAAAAUGCAUACCACAAACCACAAAAUUAAUACCACAUAAUCCAGACCAUAAAUUUAUUAGAGUAGACUACAAGUUUCUUGAAGUAGUCUAGAAGUUUCUUAACAGUGGACCUAUUUGUAAAAUUUAAAAGUUUUAAUUAUCAAAAUGUAAGAGAGAAAAUCUUUCAUUACAAAUUUGCCAUCAAUAUUUUUAGAACUUAUAUGUAAAAACAUUAAAUUUAGAUACUAAAUAUUAAGAUGUAUUAAUUUGGGUAUCAAAAUUGUAAUUUGUAUAUAAAACUUUAUUGCAACCAACGUAAAGGAAGGGAAAGGGGGAGUGAGGAGAAAAGAUACUAUAAUACCCUUAUAGUUAGGGGGUGUUCAAAUGGUUAUUAUGGCAAUUACCAAAUCAAAUAAGUCUAAAAUUAUUAAUCAUGGAAUACAAUAUCAUAACCAAACCGUCCAAACUAAUACAACCAAAGUAACCACACUAUAGUUUAAUCGGUUUGGUUAACCAGAAUAACCAAAUUAACAUCACACUAUCAUUAAGUGAGGAAAUCUCCGGUUAAUACAUCAAUAUGCAAUUUAUAUAAUGAAUAGAACAUAACAAUUAAAACAUAAUUAUAGUUAAUCCUUAACAUAAGUUCAUGUAACUAAUACAAUUAUCUUAUUGUCGAUAGAAGUAUUCACGUAGCAAAAUAUAUAUGUCGAUGGUAUGGGUUAAUUGAUUGUUGUGUUUUGUAAAUUUAGUAUUCUCUUUGCAAUUUCCAUAGGCUGAAAUAGAUUUUCUUUCAAGUUUUCAUCCAGCAUAUAGUAUGAGUUUUUAUCUAAUAUAAUAGUCCAUAUGUUGUGGUCUACACUCUACAGGUACAAAUAUACAGUAGAGGUACAAUAUUAAAUUUUACUUUUUACGAGCCUAAGAGGGAGAAACGUUUGACACUUAAGUGGCAAUGCCAAGUAUUAAGUAUGUGUAUAUACUAUUUUAUAAGAGAGAUAUAUGACUACUAACUGAACUGGUUAAUGUGGUUUGAUUGGUUAUGAGUGUUGGAAAUCAAACCAACUCAGCUAAACCAAACAAGCUAAAAAAAUUUAACCAAACCAAACCGUUAACCAAAUUAAUCAAACCGAAUUAUCCAAAUACUACCGGUAAAUGGUUACCAACCACACCGUUUGAACACCGCUACUUAUAGUAAUUGUUAGCAUGGUGCUAACACUUAAGGGUGUUAGGUUAGCAUGCUAUCUACUCCUCUAUUCAACCUCAUCUUCCUCUCUCUUCUCCUAUUUUGUUGUCAAUUCCUCUCUUUUACUCAAAUCAUGGAAUCAUUUGGAUGGAUUGAUUGGAAAACUAUACAAUUUGACUAAUUGUUUCAUUUAAAAUUAAUAAAUUUGAAUUAUCUAC